AAGAGCAUUAUAACGAAUUAAAAAAUCAGCUUCACAAUCUUCAAAAUGCAAAAAAAGAAUUAGCUAAAUCACAACCUUAUGAAAUACAAAGGUUAACAUCCAUUUUUCAUUAUUUUAGGUUACUACUAGAUGAACAUAUGUCUCAUUGUAUUAGAGGAUGGGCAAAGGACUUUCUUGAACAAAGUACUUUACCUAGUCAUCAACAGGAAAAAUAUACAAAAAGAACAUCAUUGCUUGAUGAUGAGGAUCUCAAACUGGUAGCUUGUACCUGGUUACGUUCUAUACCACCAAAAGAUCGUUCUCCUUUAGUACUAAAAAAAGAAUUGGAAACAAAUAUCUUUCUUAAAUUACUUGGAGUUCCAAUCACUAUUUCAGAAAAAACAGUAUGA